GCGACCAUGAUACCACUACGACCAUUACUAUCGUUAUUGUCCCUCGCCAGUACGGCGUUGGCCAUCGGCCAGAAUGCAACAGUUGCUUUCAAUGCAUCGGCCGGCUCGCACGAGUUGGCUUCGGGAGGCUCUUCCGUUCAGAUCUUGGCAGACACCAAUGACUGGCCUGCUGUACUGAAGGCCGCUCACGACUUGUCACAAGACUUUGGCAGAGUCACCGGCACCAAUGGAUCCGUCGUUCUCUCCAAUACCUCCGACACCUCUGAUGUACCUGCUUACAAUGCCGGCUCGUACUUCAGCAGCAACCCACACAAUGCCUCUAUGAUCUUCAACAUUACUGGCCUGACCACGUUCAGCACCACUUCUCCCGGAGCAAAAGGAGGAGUCAUCAUUGCAGGAACGAUUGGAAACUCUUCGCUCAUCGAUGCGUUGAUCAAGGGCGGCAAGAUUGACAUCUCUGCCAUCAACGGUACUUGGGAGGCUUUCACUUCCACUGUGGUCUCGAACCCAAUGGAUGGCGUGGAUGAGGCUUUGGUCAUUGCUGGCAGCGACAGACGAGGAACUGUAUACGGUCUGUACGACGUGUCCGAGCAAAUCGGUGUUUCGCCAUGGUAUUUUUGGGCCGACUCCCCUCCUCAAAAGCACGAUUGCAUCUAUGCUAUGAACGCCACCAAAGUCCAGCCUUCUCCCUCCGUCAAGUACAGAGGCUUCUUCCUCAAUGACGAGGCACCUGCCUUGACCGGAUAUGUUAACGAAAAGUUCGGAUUCAACAAGUACGGCUCGAACUUCGGUUCCGAGUUCUAUCACAGCGUCUUCGAGCUGUUGCUUCGUCUGAGAGCAAAUUAUCUAUGGCCCGCUCAAUGGAAUUCAAUGUUCAACGUUGACGACCCAAGAAGUCAGGCCAUGGCGGAUGCUUACGGUAUCGUGAUGGGCACUUCGCACACUGAACCGAUGAUGAGAUCCACCAAGGAGUGGAAUGUUUUCGGCAACGGAACAUGGUCAUGGAGUNNAAGGUGUUCUUCCAUCCAAGUGUUCAAAAUCUUACUAACCGUACCUUUAGGUACGAACAAUCAAUCCAUCUACCCUUUCUUCGUCGAGGGCGCUGAGAGACUGCGUCCGUAUGAGGGUGUUAUCACCAUGGGUAUGCGUGGUUCAGGUGAUACUGCUCUCGGAGCCGGCAUCGAGACUGCACUCCUGGAAAAUGUUGUCUCUACUCAGCGCGACAUACUUGCUCAAGUCUUCGGCAACGCUAGUGUUAUGAACCCCGACGCUGUACCACAGCUAUGGUGUUUGCGGCUGCCUGUUGGUAAUGAGACAUCGAGAAGCGGAGGCGCUGGUGUCUACUAUCACUUCGAUUAUNNGUGGAUCAACACGGUUCUCAAUCAGAAGACCUGGGAGCAGAUGCAUCUCGCCUACGAAAGACAAGCCAGACAAAUCUGGGUUGUCAACGUUGGAGACCUUAAGCCUCUUGAGCUGCCCAUCUCGCAUUUCUUCGAUCUCGCGUACGACAUCAACCGCUGGGACAAAGACAGCACUCCUGAAUGGCUCGAACUCUGGGCCUCUCGUGAGUUUGGUCCUGAGGUCGCAGCUCAGACAGGAGCUCUUAUGAACACAUACUCAAUCCUGGCUGGUCGCAGGAAGUUCGAAGAGGUGGACCCGAACACUUACAGUUUGAUCAACUACGAUGAGGCUAACAAAGUUCUGGCCGAAUGGACCGCAAUCCAAAAGACAGCUCAAAGCAUCCUCGACGGACUGCCUGUGGCUACGCAGCCCGCUUUCUUCGAGAUGGUCUACCACCCUGUCACCGCUGCUCGCACUUACUACGACAUCAUGAUCUCGGCUGCCAAGAACAAUGUCUAUGCUCAACAGGGACGUACUUCCACGAACGCUAUCGCACAACAUGUGCAGAACCAGUUCUCGUAUGAUCAUCAGCUCUCAAAGUCUUACAACGGACUGCUCAAUGGGAAGUGGAACCACAUGAUGGACCAGACACACAUUGGCUACAUGUACUGGCAGCAACCUAUGAGACAAGCUUUGCCUCCUCUGCAAUACGUUCAAAUGGCCGAACGAGCCUUGAUUGGCGAUCUGGGUGUUGCUGUUGAAGGUUCUAAUGCCACCGUCCCUGGUGACGACAGAUUCCAUUCACUGUCAUCCAUGAUACUGUACCUUCCAACACUUGAUCCUUACGGACCUGCUCGAUGGAUUGAUGUCUUCCAUACCGGUACUCAGCAGAUCACCUGGAAUGUCCAGUCUAGCGUGCCCUACCUGAACUUCACACAAAAGACCGGCUCUCUAUCUCCCAACGGUACCACAGACACUCGCAUCUGGGUUUCAGUCGACUGGUCCAAGGUCACUCCUGGCGCAAUCAACUCGACCAAGAUUAAUAUCACAAGCUCUUCUGAUUACGGCACUCAGUACAGCGUUCCACAGGUUGUGAUUUCCUACAACAACACUGCUGUUCCGUCAAACUUCACCAACGGCCACGUUGAGUCUGACCGCACUGUGUCUAUGGAAGCGGAGCACUACUCAUCUAUCUCGAACGGUGGCAAUUCUUCGGUCUCGUACGAGGUCAUUCCUGGCCUAUCGCGCACGCUCUCGGGUGUCACUCUGUUCCCUGUUACUGCAGGCUCUCUAACCACAUCAACUGCCCCUGCCCUUGAGUAUGAUUUCUAUACCUUCACCAACUUGAGCUCCGGAGUUUUGAUGGACCAGAACAUGGGCACAAGUUCAGGGUACACUCCCAAUACUGUUAACGUCACACUCUAUCUCGGCACUUCUCUCAACACCAAUCCCAACCGCCCUCUCCGCUUCGCUGUACAGCUCGAUAGCCAAGAGCCGCAAACCCGCCAGUAUGUUUUCGAUCAGCCACAGGGUGCUAACCCGACCGGCUGGUUGGCUGCCGUUGCAGAUGUCAAUUGGUCCAACACAACCACUUUCAACUACUCAGGCCCUGGAGCGCACAAGCUGAAGAUCUGGGAGCUUGAGCCUGAUGUUGUGCUUCAAAAAGUUGUCGUUGAUCUUGGUGGUGUAAGAAAGAGUUAUUUGGGUCCUCCUGAGAGUUACAGAGUUUGA